AUGGGACCCGGUCCGGCACGGGGAGUCGGUGCCCGUACGCAGACCCCGCCGAGGGUCCUGCUGAUGCAGAGGAAGGACAAAGGCUCGCCGAUCGCAGGUCCUGGUGGCACGCGUCUGUCUGGAUCCGGCAAUGCCGCGGACUCCGUCCUCCAGGACUCCCUCGUGGACGACGAGUGGCAGCUGCACGACACGGGGCUCCGGCCGGAGCUGUCUGCUGAGGAACCCUUUGGCUUCGUACUGGGAUGCAUUGGUGGUGACAACCCCAUGAGAGCAAGGCUGCUCGAUGCCUUGAUGCUCCUGGGCAGCACCGACCUGCCGUGGGCGCAGCCCUUCCGAACGGUCGACGCCCCAUCGGACAAAGUCCUUGCACUGCAAAUGAGGAUCAGCGCGGGGGACCGCAUGGCAGCGCUGCUCCCCGCCCCCCUGCACAGCUCGCGCCUGCUGGCCGAGCUGGCGGCGCGCCCGGCACCCCCCCGCCUGGUCGCGGCCAUGACGUCCGCCGUCGCGGCCGCCGGCACGGCCGGCGCCGUGCCCUUUGAGGCUGUGCUGCAUCUGUUGGACCUGGUCCAGACCAUGUGGAUGCUGUGCGUCUGUCGACGGGUCCUGGUGGUGUGCGAGGGGGAGCGGGACGCGGCGCUCUGGGACCACCUGAUCACGGCGGAGAUGCUGACGCGGGCGCUGCCCAGCCCGUUUGGCGAGCGACACCUGGCGGACCUCCUGCUGGUGCACGUGGUGGCGUGGCCCGGCGCGGCCUGCACGGCGAGGGUGCGGCGCGCCGCGGAGCUGGCGUUUGUGGCGUCCCCUUGGGCCCCUGCGUGUGAGUGUGGAGGGGGCUGGGGAGCCGGGGGAGCGAACGCGCCGCGCGUCCGGGUGCACCGGCUCACCCGCGGAGAGAGGGGCGUCCUGCGCCCACGUCCCGUGCUCGCGCUCAUUCCGCACCGCUUGCCUCCUGGCAGGGGCACGUGGCGCGAGCGGCGCGGAAUCUCAGCGCCCGGCGCGAGUGGACGUUGCCUGCGUCCCCGAGGGGGCGCAGCGCCGCGACCUGGACUCGCUCCUGCUCCCGGCCCUGGGCGGCGCGGCGCACGCCCCUCCACCCUCGGACCCCGCCCCCUCGGAGGCUGCAUGGCUGCAGGGGGCGCAGGCUGCCUGGGAGGCGGCGGCGCGCUCCCCGGACCUGGCAGAGUACUAUGCCAGGCUGGAGAGGACGGCGUUGCGGGGGGCUGCUGGCUGGAAGCUGCAUUCACGCUGAUGCCGCGCGGGAGGCAAGCACUGUGGAGUCUCGGUGUCUGA